AUGGCACUUCUUGAGCAGGAUGUGCCCUUCUUCUCACAGCUGACGGUCCGCGAAACCAUCUGCUUUGCAGCCCAAUUGGAGGGCAUGUCCACAAGUGCAGCGGCAACGGAGGCGGCCACCCUCUUGAAGAGGUUAAGGCUGGAGGCUGUUGCCGACCGGCGUGUCGGCGAGCGCUACAUCGGGAGCUCAGGCCAAGGGCUGUCGGGCGGUGAACAGCGCCGCUUGGCACUCGGCUGUGCAUUGGCAGGGGAGGGCGGAACGCAGAAGUCCAAAGCACUGCUGGCAGACGAGCCAACGACUGGUCUGGACACUUUUCAAGCUGCGGACAUGGUUCAGCUUUUGGGAGAGCUGGGAAAGGCGCGUCACUGCGCAACAAUCUUGACAAUCCAUCAACCCAGAUCAUCCGUCUGGAGCAUGAUUGAGGACGUUUUGCUUCUGGCGCCAGGGGGCCAAAGCAUCUUCUGCGGGCCCACGGAGGAGGCCAUCGCACAUCUUGAAGCACUGGGACAUGCGUGCCCUCGCGAAGGGGUGAACCCCGCUGAUUUCUUGAUCGACUUGAUAUCGGUGCACACUGGCGGACCUGAAGCGGAGCAGGACCGUCAGAGGAUAAGAAGGCUGGCGGAGGCUAUGGUGGUUUCAGAGGCGGUGCCAGUUCAAGGCAAAAGAGAAUCUUCAGAUGUUUCACGUCUUGGUGGACUUCAUGGCUUCUGCCUUCUUCUUAGCAGAGCUUGGCUGCAAACCUCGCGAGACAAGGCCACGAACUUGUCCCGCCUGCUGGCCACUGCCGGACUAGGCAUAAUAUUUGGCGCCCAGUUCGGCUACUUCGGAGAAGAGAUGACCGCAGUUGGUGUUACUUCACGUGUUGGAUUGCUUUCCUUCGGUUCCAUCUCUAUGGCAUUUAUCGGUGAGAUGAGAGCCUUGGAUCAGUUCGCAAAGGAGAAGAAGGUGGUCGGGCGAGAACGAGCUGCUGGCUACUACAAUGGAUUUACGUAUCUCUGCGCCAAAGCAGUCGCCGAGCUGCCGUCAGAUGCCUUGUUUGCUUGCUUCUUUGCACUGAUGGUACAUCUGCGUUGUGGUCUCCGAGCACCGUUCAUAGCAUUAGCAGCAGUUUACUCUCUUGUUGCACUCGUCUGUGCGGCUCUCGGACUCGCAAUAGGGGCAGCUAUUCCUAAUGGAGAGCGGGCAAUGACUGCUGGCAUCCCGGUCAUGACCGUGCACAUGUUGACUGGUGUCAUUGACCCGGCGGGCGGUGCUGCAGCAUCACCCAGCGCUUCAAUGAUCGCUUUGCGAAGCUUCUCGCCAAUCCGCUAUGCCAUCGAGGCCCUGUGUCGGCAAGAACUGGAAGGAGCGGCGCUCGCUCCAAAUCCACACGAGGCAGGCAAGUUUGGCGGCCUUGCGCUGCUGCGGUCUGGAGACGUAUUCUUGGAACGGCUGGGCAUCACUCGCACCUACAACGAGGCCGAGACCUGGACACGGAACUCCAGUGGCGCAGCUGCAGCCCUGAAAGCCCCGGCUGAGAGGAAAACGGCUCGAAGCCUUUGUGAGCCUGCGCUCGCGGAGCAGCAGUAUAGCCACCAGACUGUCUCCGCCGUAACAGUGAUGUUUUACCUCUUCUCGAACACCUAUUCCCUUGUCUACGAAGACUUGGACCAGAUCCUCCACUCGCGUGAAAGCCAACAUUUCCUCCUGAGCCAAGAGGCGGUCAACAUCAUCAAUGCUUGCUAUCACCAGUGGACCGGCAAGAACGACGUUGGCGUCACUGGGCAAGACAUGAUCUGCUGCCUUGAGCUCGCUGCCCUUCUUGCUCUUUGGUGCAGGUUUUUAUGGCUGCUUUACACCGUUGGCAUUGCCAGCAACCGCAGUGGAAGGAAGUGGCUGUCAGUCCAAGCAGCGGUGUGGGAGACAUUACCGGAGCUGUGCUCUUUCAGUGCCAUGCGAGCCUUGCACUUUGUCACCCCGGCCAUCAUCAUGUCCGAUGCAACUCAGAAAAGGGCAGCUCUUGCAGAGGAAAGUGUGUGGACGAGGACGGUGGAGUGGGUGUGGUUCGUCCUGUCCCGCAUUGCGAUCCUCCUCUUCGGCCUUGACGCACUGAUGCUGAAGUGUCGGGAGAACCAGCCUUGGUUCGAGGGGAGCAUCAGCCUGUACAAGUGCUGGCUGCUAGCGAUUUUUGUCAAACAGAUCUUGGGCAUCGUUCAGCUUGGCAUGUUUGUGAGGGAGCGCCUCUUCAUAUUUGUUUUCGGUGGUGAAGACAGUCAAAUGCAACCAGAAGAAAUUUCGCUGCUUCUCGCCAUGUCCGGUGCCGGCGCCUGUCCAAAGAGCCUGGUGGAAGCCUAUGGCAGGGAUGUUGCGACAUCGAUGGACAAGACCGCGGAGCGACGAAAAGGCACCAAGAAAUCGAAGCACAGAGUAUCGGACGAGGAGCAUCUCAUCUCAAUGCUCGAACGCUUGUCCUUGGAGCUGAGCACGUCGCGAGGGACGCACAGCGGUCGUUGCCCAUUCUGCAACUGCUGCAAGAAGUACGUGGCUCGGCAGCGGUCAAAGUCCAAGGAUAAGGUCGGCUCGAAGGGUCGCUCCAAAUCUUGUGGCGGGCUCGUCGACCGAGAACGCGCAGAGCUUCCUGUCGAUCAUCGACCCAAAAUGCGCGACCCGGAGCCUCUCCCAAGCAAAGUGCCAAAGCCGGGCAAAGAGAAACGGUCGGGGGCAGACGGUCAGAAGCCACAGGGCAGACCCCGACUUCGGCGCAGAGGGCUCGGUGGUCUUGAAGACAAGACUCCAAGCCCGCGACCCCCUCGUGCAAGAAGUGCCGGACGAGCUCCGAUGAUCAACACUGCGCCACAGCUAAGUGUGGAGGCACGGUCCAGGAGAAGGGCCACCUCAGCUAGCAGACUCUCCGCCCAGAGGGCGCCGGUCCGGGCAUCAUCAGAGAGUCGAUUGCGUGGUCCAUCUGCGGCAGAGGGCGUGGCUGACAGUGUAAGAGGUUCUAAAGGACGGAGAGCUCCACGAAAUUUGCUCGCGGAGCUGUACCGUCCCAAUCAAGACACUCACGAGAUGCAGAGACGGCGGGGUGUGAUUGCUCAGCAAGAGCCUUCUACUUUGCCAGACUCAGCCGCGAGGGCUCCCAGGUUCGGUUACCAGGAAGCUGCACCAUUCUGGGAGCCAGUGACUGCUGAGCCCACAACUCAGGGUGCUGCAAGGUUCAACGGAGGCUUUGCACCACCUCCACGGAUUCAUGUUCCGACACUGCAGACGGCCGGCAAUCGUUCACCAGCCAGGGUGCACCAGGACUUGGACACGCAUCUUCAGCCGGAGAGACGAAGCUUUGAGGGUGCUUCGCCUGGGGAGAUCAUAUAUGGUCCCAGUGAAAGCCCAGGCCAGCUGGACCCAAAUUGCCGCGGCUGCGGAAGCUCCUACACAGAGGACUCCAUCUUCUGCCGCCAUUGUGGCAGCAAGCGGGCACAGACUCGGACUGGGCACUUGGAGGCGUCAUCUCCGAAGGCGGAUGAUCUGGACCUGGACAACGCAACCCGACAGCUGGAGCAGUUGGUGGAGGAGACACAUCGGGCCCUGCGAGCGGGCACCCACCAACAGGAUGCAUCGCUGAGCGAGGGCUCCCAGGCAGCCCCUUCCUUGGAUGCGGUGGACCGGGCAUUGGAAGAGCUUCAGAGAGGUCUUCUCGAGAUCGACACUGUGUUGGCGAAGCCCAUCCCUGAAGCCAGCCCUUGA